ACUACGCAAGGAUUUAGGUGUUGCAGGGCGGUAAGUUUCGCAGCCAGUGUCCAUGGGGCCGGGGCUGGAACUAGAUUGGGGUAGAGGCCUGGGCUUGGGAGUGCAGCUAGCCCAGAAAGAGCUGAGAAACGAGAGCAGAAAGCCAUGCGGGUGCAUUGUGGUCCUCAGAGGUUUCCGUACUCUACGGCGGCUCCGGCUUCCGUAGGCCCCGCCCCCUCUUGCCCACCCGGAAGCAGCCCCGCCCCGCCCAGUGGGCCCCGCCCGCGGCGGCCAGACGUGCACGCUUCUAGCCGCAGUUCCACGUCGUGCCGAUGGCCCACUACGAGGAGGUGAGUGUGUCCGGCUUCGAGGAGUUCAACAGGGCCGUGGAACAGCACAAUGGAAAGACCAUUUUCGCCUACUUUACGGGUUCUAAGGACGCCGGAGGGAAAAGCUGGUGCCCCGACUGCGUGCAGGCUGAACCAGUCGUACGAGAGGGGCUGAAGCACGUUAGUGAAGGAUGUGUGUUCAUCUACUGCCAAGUAGGAGACAAGCCUUAUUGGAAAGAUCCAAAUAAUGACUUCAGAAAAAACUUGAAAGUAACAGCAGUGCCUACACUACUUAAGUAUGGAACACCUCAAAAACUGGUAGAAUCUGAGUGUCUUCAGGCCAACCUCGUGGAAAUGUUGUUCUCUGAAGAUUAAGAUUUUAUGAUGGCAAUCAUGUCUUGAUUUCCUGAUUUUAGUAUCAAUAAACUGUAUACUUGCUUUGAAUUCAUAUUAGCAAUAAAUGUUUAAAAAACUGGCAU